AGAUAUCACGAUUUCAAAUUUGAAACACGUUGGGCUGCACAUUUUGCUAUGGUUCAUCAUGCUAGCAGUUGUAGAAUCUAGUCCGGAAAUAACAGGUAAUUCAUUCGAAUUCGAAGCUUUAGCUUUUUACAUGUAUUUUUGUGUGGUACUUGAAACAAUCUGAACUAAUGAAUAGAUACACUGAUCUGUAUAGCUUAAUUUGGUUUCAUUCAGCACUAGUGUGUAACAGAUGCUGGUCAACCAACCUAUUUAUUAUAUGUAGUAGUCUUGUAUCUAGAAGAAAUUAAAGAAAUAUAGUUUCUUUAACCUACCAAUACCUGAUUCUUUUGUUUUAGGUCCACAAAGAGAGGUGAUUUCAAUAUACGAUGAUGACUUUGUUACUUCGCCAUCCAGACCUCUAUAUUUCAUCGAAAUUUAUCGCUGUGUUAAACUUGAGAUGGGGGACUGCCAUAGUGGACAGCAUGGGUACCCAGUUCCAAAAACAACGGAUGAAAUUGAGAUAGUGGUUCCGGAUAUAACAAACAAAGAUCGGGAUUCUAGUAAAAAGAAGUUUUAUAAAUAUGUGGUAUAUAAUCACACAUCUUGUACGUGUGGGACCUUAAUUAAGUACAGGGAGAGUACACUGUAUAAAAACAUAACUAAUAACGAAGGUUAGUCCAUAGGAGCUCUAGCUCCCCUUAUUACUGAGCUAAACUUGCUAUACUGAAUGUCAAAGCGGCUAGGGUAUUGUUACCUGAUCAUGAUGCGUUUGACAACACAUGUAAAGCCCGUCUACCCCGGCCCUGUGCGAAUUUGUUCGCGCGAACCGAUUCGGUUUACGUGAUGAGCGAUGCUGAUAAAGGAUAAAGUACAGCUGCGCGUGAGCAUAUUCGCCCAGUGGAGAAGGGCGUACAUCGAGGAAUUUUCUCAGGGAUAUCUGCUCCAGGUUUUCAUCUCUCACAAAAAGCAACUAUUCUACCUUAGCUUAUCUCCAUGAUGACAACCCAAGUCGAACUAGUCAGCCUUCAACUCAGUAACAUUUGGCGUAAUUCAGGCCCAGCUGUAAGGAAAGGUGAUUAUUACACUGCAGCUUUGAUCUGUAUCAAUUUUUCUUGCAGUGUCAGAAGCUGAUUACAAAGCGAGCUAUACGAAAAAUCCAGUCAAUCUAAUACGCGCGUGUAACAUUUGCAACAGUGCUCAACCAAGAUAUAAACUCCAUCCAAAACAUGCCACAGCUGUCUCACGAUUUAUAUAUAUGGAGUACCAACAGUGCUUGCCUGGCUGCGUGGUAGUAAGAAACAAAACGUCUAAUAAGCAAACAUCCAUGGUAUUUGGUAGUCCAUUCAGUGUCCCGUUUACAAGUGAUAUUUUAUGCGAAGCUUAUGAUGGAACUAAAACACAACAAGAAGAUAAAAAUCAUCCUCAGAUGCUCAAAAGCUCACCCUCAAAAGCUUCAUUUGGAAACUCAAGUGGUCAAGGUAAAAAAUCAAGGGUCUGAUUUGUACUGGAAACGAAUGAUCUAUCCCGAUGAUUUUCGGGAACGAAAAGAUAGUUCGUUUAAUAACUCAACUCCCGACAAACACAAUGAUCACCCCCUUCAAGACAAUUUUUGCCGUUACCAACCCAGACGAUUGGCCAGAUGGCGUGUUAGAGAAGUGGCGUAAUAGAAUGGAUUUAUUAGAGAGAGAAGCUUAUUAGAGAGGACAUUAGGGAAAAAUAGAGAAGCUUAUUAGGGAGGAGAUUAUUAGAGAAGAGGCUCAUUGGAGAGGGGAAUUAUUGGGGAGGUGCAUAUUAGAGAGAGCACAUUAGAGAGAGGCGGUUUUGAAACAGUGUAUUAAAAAGCGGGCUUAUGAGAAAGGGAACAUAUUAGAGAUAGGCUUACUAGAGAGGCAGGCUAUUAGAGAGGGGACCUAUUAGAAAGGGAGCAUAUUAGAGAGAGGCUUAUCAGAGAAGAGGCUUAGUGAAGAGGGGCCUUAUUAGAGAGGCGGGAUAUUAGACAGGGGAUCAAUUAGAGAGGGGCAUAUUAGAUCGGCGGUUUAUUUAGAGAUGUGGCUUAUUGGAGAAGCGGGUCGAUUGAGGGUAUGAGGAUUUAGGCAAUAGCGAAUUGAUGAAUUAACAGGAAUUAUUAUUUUUCUAUUUAGAACCAAAUUAUGAGAUUCUAGUUUACAUUGCUUCAGGCAAAGUUAUCCUCGCCGCCGUUCUACUGUCUUUGGUACUAUUUACUAUAUUAAUUAUGGACUUUACGCUUUGCCGUCGAAAGAAAGGAUUCCUUUAUGCUUUGUUUGACUGUAUAAGUGAUGACGCGGAUAAUUUUUGUCAACGUUGCAGCGAAAGGAAUAGAAAUGAGAUUACAGUGUAAACGUAAGUAAGUACAAAGACCUAGUUCACACGUCGAACGUUUCAUGUGCCGAGCCAGGGAGGUGAAACAAUGAGUUUAGGUCAUUAAAGUUAGCUUCGUGUGAUGAUUAGACUCGCUUCAUGCCUCGCUCUUCAUUUUUGAUAGCGUGUUAUGAUAUCAGUUGUUCCUUCCACCCCAUGCUCUGGUCUCAUAAUAGACUGGAUUUUAAACCCAGUUGAAAAUGAAACUCACAACCAAACUUUGCAAUUUUACUAAUUUGAAGACGCUCUUUCCAGCUAUGGUAAUGGUUUUGUUCUUCUUAUCUAGAUUGAUUACAACGUUGCAAUACUCAGGAGAACAGAACAUCCGGUUGACUGUGUAGUGAUAGUCACCCGAUAUCACUAAGCGGAUAUUAUGCUGUUUUGGCACAAAGACAUUAAUAACUUUUGGAGCUUCUACAAACAUUAUUUUUACUCGUUAUUUUAAACCUUUUAGGAAGUAGGCUCGCCUAGAUUUAGUCUUUACGCCACAAUACUGUUAACAUAAAAUUUCCUCUUGGCAGCCAACACUUGUACAUAUUUAUAUCUUGAUAUCACUUCUAGUCUAAUUGUAUUAACGCGCCUUAAUGAUCUUGACAUUAAUCUUAAUUGCUUCUCCGCCUCGCCUCAACCAACUUGCGUAUAAUAUAACUUGUAAAUAUUCUUAGUAGGUCAGUACUAGUCUUAGCUUUGCGCUCUAUCGAGUAAUCGUACUCAACUCAUCAUUAGACAGAUUUAGAUCGAGGACGAGGGCGUCAAAGACGACAUGACAAUGACGUCAAAAUGGCGUUGGAUAUCCAUACAUGGGCACAACACGCCAUUUUCACGUCGUCUUUGACAUCCGCGUCCUCGAUCUAAAUUUGUCUAUGUAAGAGUUAGAUACCGAAAACGGAUGCUCUUAGUCAGAUACAAACCCGAGGGGCCGUAGGCCCCGAGGGAUUUAUCUGACAAAGAGCCGACGUUUGAGGUAUCUAACUAACUUAGUUUAUAUUUGUACGGAUUGACCCACAAUGAAAUUGACUUUAUGAUAUGUAUUGUUCUUUAAAUGAGUUUGAAUUACCAUGGUUGUAAUAAAAACAAACAGGGCUUUCGCAUUUGAUAUGCAUCAAUUCUCAAUUCUCGUGUCGCAUUACUGUAUACUAUCAAUGAGAAGUGAUUGAAUAUUCGUUCACCAACCACCGAUUACGAUGAAAUAUGUUUGAAAUAGCUCAUACAACAGAGAAGCGCUAACGAUGAUUUGUAC